AUGGAGAGCCAGGAGGAUGUUUACUGGAGGCAAAGAGCCAAGCAACACUGGCUUAAGAAUGCUGAUGCGAAUACAAAAUUCUACCACAAGUACGCCUCUCAUCGUAAGAAGAAAAAUACUAUUUAUAAACUUAUGAAUGAUAAUGGGGAUUGGUUGGAAGGAAAUGCUAUGAAUACAAUUAUCUUGGAUUACUUUACCCAUAUAUUCUCCUCUUGUGGACCUGUGGAUGGUGACAUUUUAUUCUCUGAGAUAACCCCCCGUGUAACCCAGACUCAGAAUGAAUCGUUGUUACGACCCUUUGAGUUAAUUGAUGUUAAGGAAGCUCUGUUUGCAAUGGCCCCAGACAAAGCCCCUGGUCCGGACGGUAUGAACCCAGGUUUUUACCAGCAUUUUUGGGAUAUAGUUGGUAAUGAUAUUUCGGCGUUUAUUCUGAACUGCCUUAAUAAUCGGAUCUUCCCCUCUAACCUGAACAAUACGGAUGUGGUGCUCAUCCCGAAGAAGAAAACCCCUGAAGUGGUAGCAGAUUUUCGCCCAAUAGCUUUGAGUAAUGUGAUCUACAGGAUAAUGGCGAAGAUGAUUACACAGAGAAUGAAGCCUUUGAUGGAGAGUAUAAUAUCGGGCUCACAGAGUGCUUUUAUUCCGGACAGGCUGAUUACUGAUAAUAUUCUUGUAGCUGCUGAGGUGGGGCAUUUCUUGAAUAGAAAGCAGUGUGGGGCUGUAGGAUGGGGUGCACUCAAACUUGAUAUGGCCAAAGCCUAUGACCGUAUGGAAUGGCCCUUCCUCCGUGGGAUGUUGUUAGCCCUGGGUUUUGAUAGUAGGUGGAUUGAGUUGAUUAUGUUAUGUGUCACUACUGUGUCAUAUAACUUUAUGAUAAAUGGCUCCCGUAGCUCCUCCAUUACGCCCACGCGUGGUCUCCGCCAGGGGGAUCCGUUAUCCCCUUACUUGUUUAUUAUAUGUGCAGAAGGGUUAGCAAAUAUACAGGAAGCAUCUGAGAUAAAAAAUUGUUUGUUAUUAUAUGAGAGUUUAUCUGGCCAGAAGGUAAAUUAUCAUAAAUCCAGUAUAUGUUACAGCAGAAAUACAGGACAGAAUGAUAGGGAUGUGGUAGCACAAAUACUAGGUGUUACUCAAGCUCCAAAUUUUGGGAAAUACCUAGGACUACCCUCCUUUGUGGGCAGGAACAAGAAGGCUGCAUUUGCAUAUAUAGAGGAUAAAAUCAAGCAAAGGAUUGGGUCUUGGAAUAAGAGAUUGUUAACGCAGGCUGGUACGGAGAUCUUGUUAAAAAGUGUGGCCCAGGCAAUGCCAACUUUUUCAAUGAGUGUCUUCCUAUUACCCAUAUCUAUUUGUACAGCUAUUGAGCGAAUUAUGAAUCGGUACUGGUGGGGGUCAGGAACCGAUCGUGGCAUCCACUGGAAGGCCUGGGAUAAGUUAUGUGUCCCAAAGAAACAUGGUGGUCUGGGGUUUAAAGAUUUAAGGGCAUUUAAUUUGGCAAUGUUAGGUAAACAGGCCUGGAGACUGCUUACUAACACAGACUCACUGGUAGCCAAGAUUUAUAAAGCCAGAUAUUAUCCAAAGGAUACUUUCCUGGAGGCGACUAUAGGAAAUAAUCCAAGUUUUUGCUGGCGCAGUAUUAUGGCGGCUAAGGAUCUAAUAUGUGGAGGUAUAAGAAGGCGAGUUGGGAACGGUAAAUCUACCUUGAUAUGGGAACAUCCCUGGCUGCAGGAUGAACUUGAUCCUAUGAUUCACACAGAAAUGCCACAACACCUGUCUGGGGCCAAAGUGGUAGGAUUAAUUGAUCAGGAUACGGAGACCUGGGACGCGCAUAUAUUAGCCGAUAUUUUCCAGCCAAGUGAUAUACCUAGAAUCCAAAGGAUACCAGUUGCACCUGAAUAUGAGGAUAUAUGGUAUUGGUAUGAUGAUCCUAAUGGAUGUUACUCGGUCAAGAGUGGUUACAGGCGUAUAGUUGGUAACUAUGUGAAUAAUUCUAAUGGGAUAUUUGAUGAAUGGCUAGCCCUAUGGAAGUUAAAAAUUCCACCCAAGUGGAAGACAUUCUUAUGGAGAGCUAUUUGUGAUAUCCUUCCUACUACCAACAACUUGCUUAUAAAGAGAGUGGAGGUUAACCCGAUGUGUGCCAUGUGUGGGAGGAUGAAUGAAGAUACCAUGCAUGCAUUAGUUUUGUGUGACUAUGCACACUCCAUAUGGACUCAAUCCAACCUUCCAAUUCCCAAUAUUAUCACAAAUGUUUUCCAUGAAUGGUUUAGUGCAAUCUUGAAUGUUCUAGACUUUGAUGGAAUUAUUUAUGCAGCUGCAAUUUUAUACCACUUAUGGAGGGCCCGAAACGGAGCGGUGUGGGAUGCCUGCCUACCAAGACCAACGAAGUUAUUGACGAUUGCAACAGCUACAAUGAGGGCAUGGAAAGCUGUCCACCACCGUGCGCCACAACAACCUGCUCAACACCCCGGAGCUGCUCCUAUUCAUCAUACUGCCGACGUACCGUUACUGGCCGACGGAACUGCCUCCAAUGCGCUGCCUCCACCGCACACUGUCUCGGUCGAACCCCAAGAUGGCGCAGCAACGGCGCCGGUGAAAUGUUACAUAGACGCGAGCUACCACCGUGGAACAAAUACAGCUGUUGUUGGGGCGGUCCUCCUCAACGCAAAUGGCCACUAUUUAUCGGCUUUCAGUGCCCCGUUAAUAGGAUGCCACUCCCCGUUAAUGGCCGAGGCUUUUGCAUGCAAAGAAGUAUUAUCAUGGCUUAAGAGACGGAACGAGCAAUCUAUACAAAACUUAUUAGCUCAUACUUUAGCUUCUACGGCUUUUACUUUCGCUACUGCUAUGUACUGGGACAACGUCCCUCCAGACUCUAUUUUAUCACUUCUAUAA